AUUUUUUUUCUUAUACAAUGUUUAAAUUUCAUCAUCGAUGGAGAAAAAUUAUCAAACCAGGAAUUUCGGAAAUCCAAAAUGGCGGGAGAUCGCUUUCGUGGACAUCAGUUCUCUUAAUUUCCUGUCUAAAAUUUUUGCAUUCCUUGUUAAAUUAUUAUUCAUGUCUGGCAAAUAAUCACAUGAUCAAGGCCUUGUAUGUUUGCAGAUCUUCGACUUAAAGGUCGUUGUAAACAUUGCAGUAGGAGAAAUGAAAAGAUGUCUUGAAUAUUAGAUCAUUAGGCAGAGAAUCGAGUCUACAUUCCCAGGGACAACCCCUCCGAAUUACAUCAUACCACGCAAUAAAACGCCAAAAUCCAAGCUUUCGAAAAAUCCCUUCUUGUUCCUUUUUAUAGAACGUAUAAGCUUAAAACUCAAAGAAAUAUUCUUGAUGCCAAAGUUGUACAAGUUUGAAAGAUUAAUCCAAGGAGUACGAACUCUCGAUAAGUUUACAUAAGCAUAAAUCCUCUUCCUUCGACACUGGAAAACACAAAAAUGGGACGCAAAAAGAUACAAAUAUCCAGAAUUGGAGACGAAAGAAAUCGCCAGGUCACAUUCACUAAAAGAAAGUUUGGUCUGAUGAAGAAAGCUUAUGAGCUGAGCAUCCUUUGUGACUGCGAAAUUGCAUUGAUCAUCUUCAACUCUGCCAACAAGCUGUUUCAGUAUGCAAGCACCGACAUGGACAAAAUUCUCCUAAAGUAUACUGAAUACAAUGAGCCUCAUGAAAGCAGAACUAAUGCUGACAUUGUUGAGACCAUCUCAAAGAAAGAAAACAAGCAGAUAUCCUCACCAGAAGAUACCGACAAGCAAUUCGUUCUGACUCCGAGGACAGAAGCCAAGUAUAACAAAAUCAAUGAAGAAUUUGACCAAAUGAUGAAGAAAAACUAUGUUCCCCAACAGAAUCCAGAUGGUUACCCACAGGYGAUGCCGGUAUCUGUGCCAGUCUCCCAGAACAGCAAUGGUUCAGAUGACACUAAUGGGUACUCUGUCAGUAGGAGCAGUAGCGUUGAUACUAUUGGGAGUAGUUCUGGUAUAGGAAAUGCCAACACAGCUGGAAGAAUAUCCACAGGAACCCCAAAUCAGUCAAACCCAGGACUAAGCAUAUCAGGACCCCAACAACAAACCAUGUCAGACCUAGUAGCAGCUGCCGAAAUGAACACCAAUAAACAAAGCAUCACUGGCCAAUACCAAAGGUCCACUAACUCAGUCGGCAGUGACCAUGGAUCAGGAUUCCCUGCRCCUGCAGUUCAUAGUGGACGUAACUCUGUCUCUCCCAACCCACAAGUCUCGCAGGCUCCCAACCGACCUCAUCUCAAAGUAGUGAUUCCGUCUUCUAAUAGACCUAAUGCUCAAAUGGGUAAUCGUGGCAAUUUGUCAUCCAAUUCUCAAGUUCAGUUUUCUCAGGGGAGUUAUGGACUCUCAACUCCAGUUAUUUCUCUUGCAACGCCAAGUAAUCCAGCAGCUCCACCUUCAUUCACGUCAAUGCCUUCUGGAUUCCCAAGUGAACUACAUCCUGACAGUGCAGAUGUGUUGAAGCAACUUGGGCAGUUUCCACAAUUACUGCCACAACAACAAGCAUUUCUACAGCAGCAGAUAAAUCUGCAGAAUUUGCAGGCAUUAAGUUUUCUACAAGGAAACCCAGGCCUUAUGGGGGGAGCAAACCUACUAGGCAACAGACUGACUGUACCUAGUUCUUCUCAAAGCCAUAAUCUUGUCAACGUCAAAUCAGAACCAGUCACAGAACACGAUCCAUCAUCUCCAGGUUCUCGAUCAUCGGUCUCUCCAACAUCGCCCUACUGUCGACAGACACYGAGUAGGGAAGGGAGAGAAAUGGAUAUGAGUGAGAACAACAUGCCGAAGCGACAGCGACUGGAUGUUACAGCCAAUGGUUGGCGUUAGUUGUGAGUGCUGAGAACUUUGAUUUUAAAUAUACUUUUACUUUGUGAAAAUAUUGACCAAAUGUGGUAUAAAUAAUUGUGAAUAAUUCGAACAAGUAGGAUUUUUGAAGAAGUGUGCUCGGACUUUGUGUUUUAUGUAAAAAUACAAUAAGAAAUUCAUUCAUGACGUAUAUACAGUAAUACAUUACUUGUUUUUAACACUGAAAGUCUUUGGGCUUGUCAAUGUAAAAUAAAGUUUUGUUGAGAUUUCACAAGAAAAAUAUACAACCUUCCUCAAUUGGACGCUUCAUUAUCCAAGAAGCUUUUUACUUUUAGCAUGCAAUAUUUGUGCCUUUAGUUUUUGGUCAAUAUUUUCCCAAUAAGUUGUAUAUCUAGUCUUCAUUAAUCCUUAUAAGUAAUUUCUUAAAUACAUAUAAGUUCAAAAAAGAAAAAAUAAUGUAGUUAUAUAAUUUUAUUGUUUCAACCAAAAUUAUUGUAGAUCGUGUUAUUCUUAAGACAUGGAAUGCUUCUUUUAUUUUUGUGGGAGUGCUUCCUAAAAAAAUGAAAUGGCUAUUGCCUAUAGUAUUUUAACAGCAGUGGAAUUGGUUGUUUUAUGUAAGAAAGGUAGAAAGUCAAAUUUCCCAAACAUUUUACGAGUUAUUUUUUUCAUUUCCGAAAAGAAUUGUGGUUAUCCCAAAUAAUUCAACCAUAUAUUGAAAAUAUCCAUAUGAGGGCAAUGUUCAUAAAAAGAACGAAUAUAUAUGGGUAUUUUCGUUUAAUUAUUUUUAAGGGACCAUAAUUCUUUUCGGGGUUCUGAUAGGUUAUUACGUCACUUUUAAGCACGUGACUUAUUGGUGUAACACAGUCUGUCACGCUUUCUUCUGUCACGGAGGUAUAUUUAUUUGAAAGUGCCUUUCAACAUUUUGUAAAACAAAUUAUAUAUAAAUAGCAUGUCUAGAAAGUAUAUUAUCCAAAUUAUUGACUCAAAGUAAAUAAUCCAAGUAUAUAAUCAAGAUAGUAAUUUGGUGCAUUCAUUAAGGCUGUGUUACACAUCUUGCACUUGUAUUUUGCUUAUUGAUGGUUGCAAGCAUUCCCAAGAGAGUUAAAAACAAAAGCAUGGCGGCCAUUGUGCGUUAACGAUGGAUGCUAACGAGAAGUAUUUUAUUAAAUGGCACCAACGCUUCCCCGAGAGGCUGCGAUGACGUAACGUGCAAUCAAAGAAUGCUCCAAUAAAUUUUUCGCAAACUUUCGUUUUUAAAUUUCAUUAAAUUUGUGCCUAUAUUUUACAUUAAGGUUAAAAUUGUGUUAAUUUGUUUAGUUUUAGGUAAAUAUAUAUUCAAUAUUAGAUUAAUGUCUCUUAACAUUACAAGUGAUUUGGUUAUGCCAUCUUUUGUACAUAGAAGGCCCAACAUUGUACUCUAGAAUUUUAAACAAAGAUUUAUUAUACAAGCUAUAUACUGUUGUUUCUUGCUGCUAUAAGUGCGAGAUAAUAAAAUGGUGAAUUUGCAAAAUGACGUCAAUUUCUUUGCAACUUAGUUUCCGUGGUAACGAGCUAUUUUGUCUUGGGCUUUAUUUUCCCGCCUUUUUGAGGCUCGACUUUCCAUUACGCAUGCGCUUUGAGCAAGAAUAUAUAGUAAAUGCUUGGCAUGUUUCAAAAUGUUAGCGUAAACUUAAAAAGCAAGAGAAGCUAUGAGCCUUUAGUUACAGGUUCAGUCUCCUGAAAUCGGUUAUCCAUUAAUCAUCUAAAAUUGCUAACGUUUUGAAAUAUUACUCUAAUAACUGAAUGAUUAUGUCAUUUGAAUCCAUUUUGUGGCUAUUUUAUAAUUAGCGUUGAAAACUUAAAGCUUAAUUUGUAAAAAAAAAAAA